GAGAGCAUUUUAUAUACGGCUAUAUAGCCAGAGGGGCCAGCGCCUGGCAGCAGCAGGCCUGCGUGCAGUCGAGACUAUUUCAGUGUUGGUAUAACUCUGCACGAGUCGAGUAGUCGAGUGCACAGCACGAGACUGGACUGCGAGCAGUAUAGUGACUCAGUGAGCCCGGACUGCCGUGCCAGCAAUUGUGCACUGUUUGCACAUUAUACACCACAGCUUGUAUACCUAUACAUAUAUUUAUAUUUAUAUAUUGCAUCGUUGCGUCGAGUUUGUCGCGAACUCCCCAGUGAGAGUCUAUUUGCACGGAUCGACGUCGAAAAAGCCACACACGGAUAAUCGUGCAGUACAAGAAAUCGCGAAGCUGAGCCAGCCUCGAUUGAAGUACGCGAGCACCCAAAUAGAGGCACGUAUACUGGCACAUCGUUGCAGUGUAUACACACAAGUUGAAACUACGAGAGAGUCGGUCGGUCGAGCAGUGUUAUAGCGACGCGCCAAUAAGCGUUUGCAGCCCGCGUAAUGGCCGAAAACAACGGGGACAACAAUCAUCAGCUGAUGAUGAGCAGCAACAACAUGAUCAACAAUCACCUGCCGCAGCGUUGCAAGAAUCAGUGGGUCAGGCUCAACGUCGGCGGGACCUACUUCCUCACGGCUAAAACCACCCUGACCCGCGAUCCCAACUCCUUUCUCUGUCGACUAUGCCAAGAGGACUCGGAACUCAUAUCGGACAGGGACGAUACUGGAGCCUAUCUCAUCGACAGAGAUCCGACGUAUUUUUCACCGAUCCUCAAUUAUCUCAGACAUGGCAAGCUCGUCAUUAAUAAGGAUCUCGCUGAGGAGGGCGUUCUCGAGGAGGCCGAAUUUUACAACAUCACCGAGCUGAUUAGGCUCGUAAAGGAAAAAAUCAUUCUGAGAGACACGAGACCCAUUCGUGACUCGAAGAAACACGUCUAUAGGGUCAUACAGUGCCACGAGGAUGAGCUCACUCAAAUGGUUUCCACCAUGUCCGACGGUUGGAAGUUUGAGCAGCUCAUCAAUAUUGGCUCGCAGUAUAAUUAUAGUAACGACGAUCAUGCCGAGUUUCUGUGCGUCGUCAGUCGAGAAUACGGUCCGAGCCAGCUAUCAGCCAAAGAACAAGAAUCGACAGAUCGCGUCAAGGUACUGCAGCAAAAAGGCUCGCGCAUGUAAUAUACGAGUCGGCUACCGGCUAUCUACGGCUGCAGCUCGUGCCUUCCUCGACUCUGGCCGCUCAUCAAGAGGCUCGCGGCCCGCAAAUCCAGUCAACUCGCCGGCCUCAGCACCAGGAUCAUCGCGCGCGACAACGACGACGUUCGCCGUUUUCGACAACAGCCCCUACGAGCCAGCUCGCAAACAGCCAGUUCGUCAUUCUGCUACUUCUACUACUAUAGGCAGUAAUCAAGACAACUUCAUCUUUUACAUAUAACAUAUAAUAUCAAAUAAAUAUACAUACACACGUACACAGACACACACAUACGCGGGCGCGCACACGUUACCUUUAUACAUUUGCGCAAGACUGGACACGAGUUACUUACGUAUACCACUACCACCUACACCCUAAGUUAAAGUUAAUUAAUUCAUUAUGUAUACAUUUGGAUAUUUGCCACUUAUAUUUCACGUCGUUCCUGUUAUUGUUGUCAUACGUAUCACGCGUUAUUUUUCGUGCAUUACUCGUUUUAAUUAGCCUUUUUAUACUUAUUGGACUUAUGUUGUUCGUCCGUUCGCGUUCAAUGCGCGUCAAAUACGUAGCUUUAUCGACGUCCUUUUAUUAUAUUAUUGUGUAUAUGAAUAGAUAGAUAUCCAUUACAUAAAAGAUGUGUGCCAGUCAUAGAUCGUUUGUUUCUCUUUUGUUACAUAAAUAUAUUUAUAUAAAUUUAUUGAUUAUACGAAUAUGUACAUAGUGUCAAGUAGCAGUUACGGCUUGUACAAUAAUACCGGUUAAGAAUCAAGAGAGGCGCGUGAAUUUGCCAAUGAAAGAUAAAUGCAAAGAUAUAUAAUAGUAAUGUGUUGUAGGCAGGGUACAUGUAGAUGAGUUAGCUGCUGUUAUUUUUAAUUUACCUUUAAUAGCGAUUAUGCACAUAUUCAUUUUACAAUAAUUCAUAAUUUCGACUCACUGCUUUAGUUAAAGACUUUUCGGACCUGUGGCGAGGUUUACACACGCGUUUGUUGUAGUGUGUGCAGUAGUGCUUCAAGAUGAGCAUAUUUAUCCAAAGUACACUUGCAAAUGAAUAAAAACGGCGGAAAGCUUCUAGCACCAUGCACCGACGUUUCCAAUCGUGUUAAAUAGUUUUUUAAGUAAAGCAUCAGAAAAUAAAACAACAAAAAUCCUGCUA